AUGUCCCUAGAUUCGAUGGGUCCUUCUGCUGGUGGCGGGAGUUCCGGUGUCGGUACAUUAUCCGGUACCAGAAUGAUCCACUCACUAAGCACGCCGUCUGGCGUCGAUGGAACCGUAACGGCCUCGCAUUCUCGAGGUGGCAAGAAGUUAGCCAUGCGCAUUCAAAUGUUGGACGAUUCGGUUACCAUGUUCCAAGUACAGGCUAAAGCAACGGGUAAAGUACUUUUCGAACAAGUUUGCCGGCAGCUGAAUCUUUUGGAGGCUGAUUAUUUUGGGCUGGAGUAUCAAGAAGCGCCUUCUGGCACCAAAUACUGGCUGGAUCUUGAGAAGCCGCUCAACCGGCAGGUGGGCCUCUCUUUGGUUGAACCGGUGUUGCGCUUCUGUGUAAAGUUUUACACACCAGAUCCACUGCAGUUGGAAGAAGAAUACACGCGUUACUUGUUUUGUUUGCAAGUUAAGCGCGAUCUUGCCACCGGAAGCCUGCAAUGUAACGACAAUACGGCGGCACUGAUGGCGAGCUACAUAGUGCAAGCUUCUUGUGGAGAUUACGCUGCUGAGGACUAUCCAGAUCAUACGUAUCUAUCGUCAUAUCGGUUUGUUCCGCAGCAAGAUCACACAAUGCAGAGAAGAAUUAUGGAGAAUCACAAGAAGCAUGUUGGACAAUCGCCGGCUGAAGCAGAUUUGAAUCUGUUAGAGACUGCACGACGAUGCGAGUUGUAUGGUAUGAAGAUGCAUCCAGCCAAAGAUCACGACGGCGUUCCGUUGAAUCUGGCCGUCGCUCAUAUGGGUAUAGCCGUAUUCCAGGGCAUAACACGUAUCAAUACAUUCUCGUGGGCGAAGAUUCGUAAAAUAUCGUUCAAACGCAAACGUUUCCUGAUCAAAUUACAUCCAGAAAACUAUGUGUAUCAUAAAGAUACAGUAGAAUUCUUUUUCGAUGGACGUAACGAGUGUAAAAAUUUUUGGAAAAAGUGUGUUGAAAAUCAUGGCUUUUUCCGGUGCACUGCGGUACAAAAUGUGCAACGUCGUAAGGCAAGGGUGUUGUCUAGAGGAAGCUCGUUUAGGUAUAGCGGCAAAACUCAGAAACAAAUUAUUGAAUUCGUACGUGAUAAUUACGUAAAACGACAAACGUUCCAAAGGUCUCAGUCUUUUCGGCAGGGUCCUCUACAUUCAAGUAACAGAAGUCAAUCACGCACUUCAUGUAAUGUGAAUCAAAGCAUCUCGGCUCAUCCCUUACUUCCGAUCGAAACCGCGGAAUGGGAACGUCGCAGUCAGAGCAACGUAUUGAGGACGCCUUCUCAGACGAGGAGACAAGUGGAUAUGGAGGUGGAUCGCCUACCCAGCAGUCCUACAGGCCACAAUCGUUCUCAGCUCACGGAAGCCCAGGUGGAGACCUAUCCGAUGAAGAGCUUUACCCAUCAAAUGGGAAUGGAGGCAUCGGGUCACACGCCGCUCCAGGACUCGAGUCAAUCUGCAUCCCCGGGGGGCACAUGGAGUUCGCCAUACCACAACAGCAACAGCAGCAGCCAUGCGCGCGAAGCCGAUCGGGCUCGUGCACGUCAAGACGGUCACAGUUCCGGUCUGAACCACCGCCACUAUGCCACUAUGUCCCCCAAAUACACUCAUCGCAGCCACAGAUUUACCACGCAGCCACAGCAGCUGCUGCAGCUGCAGCAGCAACAGCAUCGUCGGGCCUCAGCCGGGCCGCUGGGCCAACCGGGGGAUCGCAGCAGUUCUAUGGGGGAGACAACGGUCUCCUCCACCAGCAGGGAGAGUGUUUUAUUGCCGCUGGACACUCGCACCAGGCGCUCUUCAGCGUUGCUUCCGGGGGCGGCCUCGGGGUCGGGAGUGGGGGUGUUAAUGGUGGGAGCCAGCAGCUCUCAAUUCCCCAGUGCCACACUAGCCCGUUAUAGCAAUACGAGUACCUAUUCGAUGUCUAAGUCGGUAAGCACCGGAACGGAUCUAUCGGACGAGGCGCCGGAUAAUGUCAUAUACUCGGAUAUCAAUGAUCUUUAUCGUCAUCGGAAGUCGAAUGCAUCUGGGGGUGGCUCAACUACGCAAUCUCGCGCGGUUGUAACACACCAAGAUGAAGAGACGGAAGAACUUGACGAAGACGACGAGAUUAUGGAUGAAGUUGAGGAUGAAAAUGCGAUUCGUCGUCCAUACCUGGAGGACGAUGACGAUGAUGAUGAAGUUGAUAUCCGAUACGCGACGGCCACGCAAAUUAAAGCGAUGACUUCCGGCGGUAAUAGUGGUUUAGGUGCGGCAAAUGAAGAGUGUGCCGGUGGUGCUCCGAGAUCCGUUCCUAGUGAUGAACUGUACGCGACAGUGGAUAGGAAAAGUAAACUUAACAAGCAACUGCAGCAGCAGCAGCAGCAGCAAAAGCAAAUUACUGUACAGGUUGCAUGCUUCAAAACGAACACUCAUUAUCCUGGUAAACAUUUUAGUGAUGAAUUCAUAGACGAUAGUAUUAGAAACUAUAAUAGCCAUACAAAUAUAAGCACGAACAUUGGAAGCAAGUUGAAUGAAUCAAGCCCAGGUGCUGUGAACUCAGCAAGCGUAGGUGAAAUGUACAACCGGUCAGCUCAUUUUGAUGAAUACUGUGGCAACAAUCGGUUCUCCGACACGUCGGAUUACUUUAGCCACAGCCAACAGCACUACUCUCACUCGCCGAACUCUCAUUCUCUGGCAACGACGAUCACCCACAAAAACGGGCUAACCGAUGAUGACGAUCGAUAUUCUUCUUCAAAUCCUCCACCGCUGCACCCACGAACAUCGCAUUCGCUACCGCGCAACUCACAGCUAUCGAAAAUCGAAUCGAUUGAUUCGACAUACAGUGGUUCUGGUGGAGGUGUCGCUAGUACUGGCGGAACUCCUGCAGACAGCAACUUUAUUGGGCACCAUUCGUUGAACAAUCUUCCGAGCUCGUCAAAGGUGACGAAUGAUUAUUUGCAUUACUCGUCCCUUUUGAAGGAUUCGGGAGGGGGAUCAGACGAUCCAAUGAAUAGUAAGAAAACUUCUUCGGAGAGGUUGGAGUACGAACUAUCAAAUGCGAAUAUAUAUUCAACAGUACAGUACAAGAACUAUGAAGAUGAUUUCGAGGAAGAGGACUACAUCAACUAUCAGCGUCAGCGGGGAGAAGGUAGAGGAGGGUCCAGUUCGAAGGAAGCUUGGUUGAGAAGCAGCUCGUGUAAGGAACUCUGUGACUAUGGGUAUGACUCGGCUGGAAGGGUUGAUUUUUCGCUGAUGGAGCGUGAGUUUUUGACAUCUGAUAGAAUCGACAGUCCCGUUACAAGAUACGAUGACUCUCGUCAUUCGAUGUACGUGCAGAAAUCAAACUACUCAGUGGAGGUAAGCCAGGAUUUUUUGAACAACGAGGGUAAAGUGUAUUCUUCGAGCUAUCCCGGAACCACUUACAACACGAUUGAUCAUACUAGUUAUCGUCGGCAUAACAAUCAAAACUUUUAUUCCAACUAUGAGUACGGCUCGCAAGAUGAUCUUUCACACGACAGCUACGAGCUGCUGGAGAAAUCGGACGAUGAGCUGUAUUAUAAGUUUAAAGCCGACUCGGAAGCUCACACAAGGUCCUGUUCGUUGGAUUCCGGUAACUACAUUCCCACGGACGACGAGAGUAUCCCUGAACAGCUGCAACCUAGUCAUGGCGGGUACCGUUCGCAUCACGUUUCCCGCCUGUCGAAAUAUUGUUCAAGUUUGGAUACCAAGAGCAAAAGCGCACCAGACAUCGACGAUCUUGACGACAUGUUUCUGAUGGAAGAUCCAAGAGAUCUUCCGCGAGAAAAACUCUGCGUUAAAUCAGACGGAAAUUUCUACAAAAAGAUUAAAAUGGCGAUGGGGGUUUCGUCCCGUGUGUCUAGUCCGGAGUCGCGCAGUGAUUAUUAUGACUCGAAACUUUCGAAAAGUAGUGGCUCAAGCAAGAAAUCGAAGGACAGUGUGUACCACACCGACAGCAACAAAAAAUCUCGAGAAACAUUGAAGAGCAAAUCUGGAUCGGGUUUCAAUUCCCGCGCAUCCAGUCAAGACUCGAAGGAAUGUUUUGGAGGAAUGGACAUACUGUUGACGAAGAACUACGAAAUGCCAACGACUACAAGCAGAAAGGCAAAGUAUCUGUCUAAGAGGUUUGAUAGCAGUUCGCGAAACUCUAGCCAAGACUCGAAAAGUGACUACUUCGAUGCUAAUGAGCAGCAACGAGAGCACGAGUUGGAUAUCGAUGGGGGCGAAAUGUCAGACGAGAUUUAUUCGCGGGCCAAAGUGAGUCUUUCUGACGAACAGAUCGGAAACAUGCUGUCCACGUGUGGGGGAGAGCCGAUGUCGAAGAACAACAGCACUGCUCCAAAUUUCUAUGAUAAUCAGAUAUACUCCUCGACGUUUCCUAGUGCACAGACAAAACCCACGAACGGCGGAAAAGACACCCCUGGGGGGAGUAGUAAAACAUCUCACGUGCACUCGAUUAGUCUCCAAAACGUAGAGCUGGAGAGAAACUCCCGUUCGGUAGGGUACUCGGCCUAUAAAUCGCCAUCGCCCGUUCUCCCAUCGGCCCUUCCGAAACCGAUCGAUAAGCAACCACUGAAACCGACACAUAUUUGGCCUGAAGAAAUAGAAGGAUUGCCCACGAGUAUUACGGAGAACCAACGAAUCGAUCGAUCGCGUGCGUUUCGAAAAAAAUCGGACAGUGAGAAUAUUUUUAGCUUCGACAAGGAGAAGAUUGAAUCUUUGACCAGCAGUCUGAACGAUGAAACACCCACCACGGCAAUCAUGGUGGAACAAAAAGCAAAAGUGAGCCCAGAUUAUCCGCUUACCCCAGAGUUGCUGUCAGAGUUCGACAAGCAGAAGAUAGAAUCACCGCACAUUUUGCCGAAGAAAACGCGCAAGGAAGAGCUUAUGGCGAAGACACAUUUCGAAGAGUAUACUCCAAAAAUGAUUGGGUUGGAGUCUUCGGUCAUUGCUGGUAUACCACCGUAUGCACAUGCGACAGUAGAACGCACCAAAUCCGACCCGAACUCACUUGCCAAUCGUCCCCGGUUGGGACCGAACUCGCGACGACACACGCUGAUGCACCAAAAGUCAAUCGAUCUCACUCCGGCCGAUUCUAGCGAAGAAGAGUAUUUAUACAAGCAGAUUCCUAGUGCUCCACCGCUCUGCAAGUCUCACGGAAGCCAUUUUGAGCUGCCGCAGUCAUAUGAUAUGAACGUAAUGCCUGAUGUCGUCGAUCUGCCAAGAAAUGGGUUUGAACUGCCGAAGAGUUUCUUCAAGGAUUAUCAAGAUCGUCGCCCGUCGCACAACAAGAUCGUGUUGAAGGACGAUAUUCCCUAUGUGCUGCACAAACGACAUGUGAUGAAUGGAACGGCUCCUUCGCCUUCACUGGAAGGAAAAUCGACACUCCAUCGCAACUAUCCGAAGCCAAAGAGCCCCAAAUCUCCAAAGUCACCCAAGUCUCCGAAAUCUCCGAAGAUGUUGGUAUCAGAGAAUUCCAAAAUUGAUGUUGGUACUUUUGGUGGAUCGAAAGAGAAUCUGUUGCGCGUUAUAGACGAUUCGGAGCUGGUCGAACAAACAUCAGCAGAUGAUACGCAGCAGGGUUUUCUCUUCACGCAGAACAUCGAUCUCUCCGCUGUGGAUCCGGUGACUCUGGAAGUGGACAAAACCGUACAAACGAUACAAUUGAUCAGCAGUCCCAAGCGAGACAUCACGAAGCGAAUGGAUCCACUGAUGUUGGAGCAGUUAAAUAGUAAGUUGAGUCAAAUCGAGAGCGAUUCUGCGACAAGUUCGAAGACGGAUAGCAAUGCAGCACAACAACAGCUACAGCAGCAGCAGCAGCAGCGAAAGUUCGAACCAAAAGCAGUAGAUUUGCCGUAUCUACUUGCCGACAAGAAAACCGUCGAGCUGGUGGUACCGAAGCGUGUGGUGAAAACGCGUGUCGCACCGAUCAAAACAAAGUGCGGAAAGUCUAAACGUAACGCCAAAACGCGUAUUACUUCGUUCUCCUCCGACGAUGAAAGUCUGGAUUCUGACGAUGUUUUCGGAUCGGCCGAGGCAAUGCCUACAAAGCUCGAAUUUUCUCCUCCUCAAUCGCGCAAGGAAAUAGAACCGAUUCUUAAGCAUGAGUCGAGUAAGAUGGCUUCGAAUGCAUGGGCACGCGGGCAAACUAUGAGCUCAACAGAGAUCGAGGGGUCACCACCUCAAUGUCGUCGUUUGGCAGAACUUGAAAGCCGUUACCACACGGUGAAGCUUGAAACCACUCAGCUAACCAGCACCGAGUUGCGAAGGAUUUCUGAAAGAUCGUUUUCCAUUCCAAGCUCUGAAGAUGAGGAAAAAAAGGAAAAAAUGAAAAUUGAACAGGAAUCAUCCAGGACGUACCAUGCGACAGAGAAAAUACCGUCACCGAUCAUCGAAUCGACGGAUGUGAAGGUGAAAAUGAACGGUAGUGAAUCGAACGACAACGCAGUGCGUAAGGACGAAUUGGGGUUUCUAAAGCAACCAGUGCCCCCGGAGUCGACAGCGAAGAAGGGAAAAGAGGAAGGAACGGGUGUUCCGACAAAGCUAUCACCAUCGCGAACGAAAAUGAUUGAAGAGCUUAUCGAUUCGUCGAUUGUCAUGCGCUCGAAAGGACAUGCGCCUAUUUUGUUUGCGCAUGCUAGGCUAAACUUAAGCGAAGGGUCGGCCUUUGCAUCAUUACAGCGCCAGAAGGCACAAGAAUCACCCACCUCUGGACGACGUGCGAAAAGUCUGGAUACUCCGGUUAUAUCCCUGCACAAGCUUCCUCCCAUGAAUGCGUUCUCAUCGAAAGACGAUACAGUGGGCUACGAGGAGGAGGAGGAGGUACUGGAGAUAAAACCGUUGCAGCAACAGAAAGCAUCGAAAGCAUCUGUUAUUGAAGAGGAAGAGCAGGAAGACUCGGUACACUCGUGUGGCGAGGCGAUAGUUAUGCGCGACCCGACAAUUUCCCGUCAGACAUCUACGACAGAGGAGGAACGCAAGAGUGUUCGCAUUGAUGCGGAUGAGUUGGAGUUGCUCGAUAGAUUGAAGUACAUUGAAAAGAUCGAACUACAAGGUGUGAAGAUCAAAGAGAAGCGUAGAACGAAAACUAAGCUUAAGAGUGGACAUCAGCUCAUUCUUGAAAUACCGAAGUACAAGUUUGAGCCGUUUAGCUCGGGCAAUAGCUCGAUCAAAACAUCUCCAGCUAUCAGCCGUGCAAGCAGCGUGGAAAGCACUGGAAAAGCACGCCAAAAAACGGAUAGUGGAACACAAACCCCGACAGGAGGUGGUGUGGCUAUCAAACCCCAGCGCAAAUCAACUAGCCCGAAAGGCUCCGAGAAGCUAGUGCAACCGAAAAGGCGCUCUUCAGACGAUGCUAAGAAAAAUACGUCCCCCCAAGACAUGCUCCGAACGAAGAGCCAGGAAGCAUUGGGUAAAGGUAAAGGUAGCAGUUCCAAGGAGAAAUCGAAAUCACUGGAAAAAAUGGAGCUCAAACGGUUAGGAAGUAGAGAUAGAAAAUCAACCGAAGAAAGCGAACUUGAACGAGCUCGGCGCAAAGAACGCCAACAGAAGCUGUACGAAUCGGCCAUGAAACAAACGAUAAACAUGCUUAGUCCGGUGAAGGAUCAGCUGCCCCAGUUCCCGGCGCCAGAAGAUAAAAUUUCUGUGAAAACCGAAGGCGAUAAAAUUAUCAUCGAUGCAGAUAUAAAAUCAAAACCGGAAGAUCACGUGUUUAUUGCCAAAGCGCCGAGAAAGCUGGAUUGUAGUUUGGCAAAAAUAAGUCGUAGCUUUGAAGACCAGAAGAGUGUAGAAAAGCUGGACAAGGCUAGUCGAAGCUUCGACGAUCGCAGCAAAUCCUUUGAAGAUCACUCGGAUCGUUCGGCAGACGAAAGUAGCAUCGUUAUUAAGAGUCCAACACGCCUGAGCAGAAGCCAAGAGCUGAAGCAAAAGAUCGAAGGAUCCGUCGUGCAUAAGGGGCGCAUGGAGGGUAAAUCGAAAAGUUUGGAAAAGAAGUCCGAGCCACAGUACUUGGACAUUGAGUAUAAGACCCGUAGUUUAGACCAAAACUACACCGAAAGCAGUGCGUCUUCUUAUGGUGCUGGUGAAAUCACUUCUCCGGAUUCAGAAGGAGGCCAUGGAUCGAUAAAUAGCCGAAAACAGGAGGUGAUAAAGGUUGACGUACAUUGUUCUUCCAAGGUAGACUCUCCUGAUUCAGAUCACCGAGAAGGAGGAUCGCCUUGCGGACGUGGGCGCAAAUCGACCACGGAUAGCGAUAGCAAAUCGAUUGAUGAUCAUCGAGGGUCCACGUCACGCUUCGACAAAGGCAAAAGCCUCGACAGUAAUAUAUCCUCAGGAAAAGAAGAUAAAAAGGGCAAACCGCAGCCAGUAAGUGUAGAGAGAAGAGCACUAUCGCAGCCAGUACCAGAGAUCGGUAGCGAAUUAGACAUGCAGGACAUAAUAUCCGAGCGUCGGACACUAGAUCUAAUGAAGAGACGAUCGGAGGAAAAAGCCGUAGAUUCGAUCACGUGCUCCUCGACCGAGCCAUUGGCAGAGGAAGAACCCAAGAACGUAUCUAACCCAAUGGCAUCUCGAGAUUCGACGAAACGUGGUAGUGAGGAAUCACUUACGGAGGUUAGCGAGCUACGAGAAGGAGAUGCAAAGGAUUGUGGGUAUCUUGCUCCACCGGUUCGUGUGCCAACCAUCGAGUACGAAGAGCCUUCGAUCGAGGAGGAAGAUGUCGAUGAUGACGAAGCCGGUUUCGAAGUGGAGGAAAUGGAAACUGAAUCAGUUGAAGAUAAGAAGAAAAUCUUGGGCAAGUUAAACCUUGAGCGGAGUAAAAGCGAUGAAACUGGAUCUUGGGUAACGAUCGCUUGUGAAGAGUUCACAGGUACGGAUGGGGUAAGCAGUCACCAGGAUGCUAUGGAGCAACGAGUCGGAACGCAUUACAAAAUAGAGUCACAAGCAACGUUUGAAGAUGUAAAAGAUAUCACCAUGCCAGAAUCGGAAGUGGCUAUAGAUACGGUUGAUAUUCCCGUGGUGAGCCAACCUCAGUCCAAUCGAUCGUCGCCAUCGACGUUUGAUCAUCCUCUUCCGCAAAUUCCUGAGAAGAAACCGGACGUUGUGUCUCCUUUGCGAGAAAAGCCUUCGAAGCCAUCUGGAUUAGAACGUGAUCAGGAAGGCGACAAAAAACUAGCAUCGCAAAGACGAGGCGAUUUCCUUCGAUUAUCCAUCGAAAGAUCUCGUAGCUCGGAUACGGGUUCAAGCCGGGAGAACGAAACUAGUCCGGUGCGGCAUGAUUCUAGCACGUCUCGUGGUAAAGGGUCGAUGGACGAAGAAUCAAGUGUUAGUUGUUCCAUUUCGCGUCCUUUGGGCAUAUCGCAGGAUAUGGAUUCGAUGGAGCAUAUGAAGUGUCGUGAGUUACGUGAAAAUAUGCUAAAGAUGGAAGAGUACGACGAAGGAGGAGUAGCAGCGAAAAAGGUAUCACCAACGCUUGAGAAGCAGUACCCGGUGGAUUUGGGAUCUGGCUCGGAGCUGGAUGUAGAAACUCCAGAGGAUCGUAUUUCGAGACUCCUACAACGCGAAGAGAGUGAAUCAAGCUCGGAUAACGGUGGCAGUGCCGUCGCCGUUCCCAGAUCUACAGAAGCUCCCUCGAGCAGUGCGGCAGUUAUUGUUGGUGUUCAGUCUAAACCGAGAGUAGUGAAACCUGUUCGAGCGACACUCCUACACAAGAAGGUUUGUCGAACGGCCCCUACAAAUGAGAAACAAACGCAACAAACCACUGCUGAGUUGAAAUCGGGAACGCUCAAGCUUCUCAGUGCCGAUGGAGGCGACCGUAGUUCGUUGGAAUCGAAAUCUAGCUUAGAAUCGAAAGGAUCAUUGGGAUCGUUUGAGACUGAGAGCAGCUCAGGUUCGCUUGGAGCAGCACAACGGAAGGGGGAUCUUACGCAGAAAGAACAACUAUCUACUUGGCGCCCUUAUCCGAUUGAAAGUUCCGGCAGCUCUAGUGUGGAAGAUAACUGGUUACCGCCGGAACAAGAAAGCUAUGAAAGCUUCGAAAUAGCAACGGAGACCAUUGAGGUGCAGAAAAUAGCUAUACAGGACGUGAAAGAAUUGUCUCCGGACGAGCAGAAAGAAAGCGAUUCCGAUAUGCAGGAUGAGCUAAGUGAUUUUCCGACGACAUUCGGCUACCCGGAGAUGACUUCCACACUCGGUAUAGCUAUAAAUCCCGUAGACAUACUUGGGUAUGGGACGAGCUUCGGUGUAGGUCGAACGUUGUCGCGGAUCUCGGAGCGGAGCACAAACUCGGAAAAGUCCAGCGGUGAAGAGGUGGCUGAAGCUGAAAAAUCGAGCUUGGAGGAUUUGAGUGUGCACGAUGAGUCGGCAAUUUCGAGUGAGCAUCAGGCAAGCCUUAGCUCGGAUUUACAUUCGAACUCGAAUCCGGCUUAUAUCUCCGAUGCGGACCGUAGGACUUCCGCGGAAAUGCCCGACAUUCCUUGUGACUCUGCUGCGGCUGAACGGCUCUCAGAGAUUUAUCAAAACAAUGUUGUAAAGAACGGUCGCUUCACGGUAUCGCACGUCACCGAAAGUGGCCCACCAGCAGUUGUGGUGAAAGCUGCGGAGAGCAAACCCGAUUUGGAGUGUCUCUCAGCAGGCGGCGGCAGUCAAGAUUCUGAAGACUGGCCGCUACCAGAGAUACCUUAUGACAGUACUCCCGGUGAGCGGUUCGAUCCGAGUGUAGUCGGUGUUUCGGGACUAGUAAUGCCGCCCCCAGUGAGACCCUACUGGACUGAACAGGCAGUGGCUGGUACUCGACAGUCGCUGGAAUCGGAAACGUGGCCCACGCCGCCUUCCAGCAUGCUGGAACAUGCUCCGAUCGUAGAGAAUGUGCAAACAUUCCGUGUGAUUGAACCACAACAUCCGACGCAAGUGAUGGUGGAAUCGUAUACCGAACCAACGACUGGCGGAUCUGACGACUCCGACCCGGACUACGCGGAAGUGGCAGGGGAUGAGAUUCCAGAACCCCCGAAGAGAGAUUACAUCCCGACGGCGUCUGGGUCGGGUUCGUGUUCUGGUUCAUCAUUGUCGGGGAUGUCGGGUUCGUCACCGAGUCCUUCCUUGUCCAUGGUGGUGCCUUAUGAGAGCACCGCUUACCUGGUGUCGGCAAUGCAAGAUGCCAAGGCGUAUGAAGCGGCUGUUUCGUACGAGAACGCGACCUGUUUGAGCGGCGCACUUGGUCCAACCAGUUGCCUAAAGUCCACGUUUGAUAUCUGUUCAAGUCAGCGUGGUCAGGGGUCUGCAACGGGAGGUAGCAUCGGGGGAAAGGAUGUCAAUCCCGAUCGGGUCAUCAUAUCGCAGCCAACGAAAUCACCGCAAAAUUUAAGCCCCAUCACAGAUGAUGACUUUUUCAUGAAUGACGAAGUGUUUGGGCCUGGUACGGUCAAAAUCGAGAUCUCACCGGAUGAUAGCAAACCGUCGUCAUCCGGUGGCAUGGAGUAUGGCUCUCAACAGCAAAAGUUCUCUCGUAGCUCCAACAAUUCAGAUACCUCCAUCGAUGAUAUGCUCUCGACGUCCUGCGGGACAUACAUGGAAGAAACUGUGCGGUUGCGCAAUCUUGAACCGCGGCGCUUGAGCAACGAGUCGUGUAAAAAAUGCAGUCAUAGCUCCCAUUCCGAGGAAGAGACCAGCUCGUUCGGAACGGAUCUAGAUGGCACGGUGAAGAUGGGAUUGCAACAGAAGCGUUGUACGCACAGCUCGCACUCGGAGGACACCUCGAUUGGUCUUAGCAUUUCCGAAUGGUCGACCGGCACGAACACCGUACGGCAGUACGCGAAUUUGUCCGGCUCGGACAGCUUGUCGGCCGUGUCGAAUCAUUCCGGCAAUGCCAAGAGCGAAAAAUCGAACCACACCAAAAGCUCCAUCAGCUCGAGCGUCCAUAAAUCGACCGAAAGUCUGGACGAAAAGACGAGUGGGAGCUUUUCCAGCAGUAACACUAACCAAGCAAUGAACAACAACGGUAAGCGUUUCUCGCUGGACAAUGUGUCCGAAAAUGGGGGGUGUCCGCGGUACGAAGUGUUCAGUAACUCGGAAACAGAUACAAAAUUUUCAUCGGGCACCAAGAGCGACGAUACGACACUGACGCUCACUGAGAUGGCCCAGACUAUCACGGAGUGGUCAACGAGCAGCAGCAACACGCUCAUCGCCCAAGUCGAGGCGUUGAAGCAGCUGGAAGGCGCCGUUAGUGCAAGUGGUGUGAAGGGUUCCUCCGGAGAGCGACAUGUUGCUCCAACGAAUCGUACGUUCGAAUACGUUCCACUGAAACCCCCGAAAGUGAUGAAGAAACUUGCCGGCCCGUCUUCGGACGAUCCUCGUAGAGAGCUUGCAGGAGUGCAUGUGAAACCAUCACAGGUCACGAGGCACGUCCCAAUCGAAGCUGGGGAAAGCUCGAGAACCGGAGGGCCUGCUCCGGAUGUGAUCCCAGAACGUCCGACAAGAUUACCUCCGAAAAUUGUGGACGUCAUCGAAAAGAGUCCCAAGCGAAUGCCGGUUACGCAGCAACCUCUUCCGCAAGGCAAACCAGUUCCACCGGCGCGGGUUGAAACGCAGGAUAGUGCGAGCAAACGAAAGUCCCUCGAAAUGAUGUCGAAACGUUACCAGAGUCAGGACAUAUCGGACACGGAAACGUUUACGGAGAAGCUUUACAGCCAGAAUGAGAAGCUCACGGAGCGGUACCAAAGUCAGGAGUUCACGCCAUACGCCGCAUCGCCUGUUCCUAGCAAACCACCCCGUGGCGACUCGCUCCCCUCGUCUAGUCCAACACCAAUGGCGGAGAAGCCACUGGUGAAGCACCACAGCUAUGACGACAAAACGCUCUCAAAAUCUCAGAUUCGCGAAUACAAAACAACCAAAAUGCGACACAGUCAGUCUUUCCAUGAGCAUUUAGUGACGUCGGACCUGAAUAAGAUAGUGGAAGAAAGUCUCGGAAGCUCGUCCACCACAACGCACACAAGCGAAGCGACUAGUACGGACAAUUCAUCGCCGAUGUUUCCACGGCCGGAGAAGCUGGUUCGAUGCUCGCCAUAUUACUCGAGCAGCUUGAGCUCAGAAUCACCACCGAUUGCGCCGAAUCAGCUUCCUCCUCCGGUGCAAAAGCCACCGCGUAAAGGAUCACUGCCGAGAAACUUCGUACCAAAGAGCCCGCCCAGCGGCAACGACACUGACAGUUCACUCGAUCAUCGGACGCAGGAUCCGAAGCUUCGAUCACGUGGUUAUCGCAAAAAGCGUACGGUUCCUCUGAAGAAGAGCCGUCUCGAUCGGCCUCUCGAACAUCAGGAAAGCUCAGAGUGCUCGGAAGGGUACUUCCCGGAGAUGGAAUCGGGCUCGUCGGAUGUAGUGAUGAUGGAGCAACAGCAGCACCAUCGUUACCCGGACUUCGAGGAAGAGCUGGAGCAGCUUCCCGAAGACUAUGAGGAUGAAACUUACCGGGCAGAUGAGGAUGAUGUGACCCCCAGUCGUAAUGGGGCCGGUGUGUAUCCGAGUGCAUCCUAUUCGAAUAAAUUCGAAGGUCUCGAUAUGACGGAAAAUGUCGAUGAAAUGGGCUUCCCGCGGUACGACCGAUUGGGACACAUAACGAACCCGAACCUGUACAAAUCGGACACUCCCUCGCCGCCAGUAAAACCCGUUCGUCAACGUAGAUUGCGCCAGACGAAGCGCGACGAUCCGCAUGAUCUAGAGUAUCAAGGUGUUCAGUACACACCCGAAAGUGGCAGUUGCUCGGAAACGAAGGCCGGUCUCUCGGAUGAUGUGUGUUAUUCAAGCGAGGACAGUUUUGCGGCGGGAUACAACCGUGGUGGUGGUGCCACAGGAAGCAGUUCCCGGUAUCAGAAGAAUGUGGAAAUUCCAUAUCCGGACUUUUUGUCGGACUACGAAAACGAAUCGUCCUCGGCGUGCUCAUACGCAAGGCGCAUGGAACAGGGACGGCAUCGUUACGUGGAAAUAGAAAUGCAACAACAGCAGCAGCAGACGUAUGAAUACGCAGAAUCAGAAAAAAGUGCUGAGGGAUCGCUUGAAUUUGAUCUGAAAGCUCUCCCACCCCCGAUCUAUGUGGAGGACGAGGAGGCUGACCCAGAGCUCGAGGAAGACGAGGAAGAGCAGGAUAAUGCUGUUUAAAUGUUACUUGAACAGAUUAAAAUAAGCCGAACAAACGU